AUGACGCAAUUCCUGCUUUCUACCCACAAGGCUGAGCGCGGCGCGCGGGGGUUUAUAAAGUCCUCCUCAGAGGAAGUGAAGCGUUUGCAGCAGACGGCGUGGGUAGUGAUGCUUUCGCGCGCUUACUCUGACACAGUCGUUGGUCCAAACAAUCCUUACUUUUUACAGAAAAACGAACGAUCCUAUUGGUUUGAAAGAAAAAUCAUGACCGUAGUGGUUCUACGUUUGCAAGGUUUAACCACAGAAGCGGGAUCUGAAGACAUCCGCAGAUUUUUUCAUGGCUUACACAUACCUGAAGGAGGCGUUCAUAUCACUGGCGGCGAGAAGGGUGAAGCUUUCAUUAUCUUUCCGUCCGAAAGACAAGCUCAACUAGCCAUGCACAACUCUGGGAAACGUCUCAGAGGCUCCUCUGUUUCGUUGCAUAUCAGUAGUGUGGAUGAAUUGAAGCAAAAAAUGGAGUCGAGGUUAAGAAAAGCAAACACCCCUGCAGUGGAAAGUAAAACCGUGCCAUCAGUGUCAUUCUCACCAGAAGUCAAUGGAAAACUUUUGCUUAGUCUAAUGGCUGCCAUUCAAGGACAGCUUUCGAAUAACAAAGUGAAUGAAAACCAGGCUCCUAACCAAUUGCCAGAAAACUUCAAACAGACCGCUCCACAAACCUCACCUGCAGACCAAACAAAUGCGUUUGCUCCGUCUGGAAGAGUUGCACAUGGAUUUGCAUCUACGGCGCUGGAAAGCAGUGGACAAAACAUCAAUUCCAGUAAGCCAGGAUACCUUCGGCUUUAUGGACUUCCAGACUUCGUUGCUGAACGUGAUGUCCGCCAUUUCCUACAAGGACUCUCGGUUUUGGGAAUUAUAACAAAUGUUCGCUUACCGCUGGGCUUUUGUUGCCUAGUGAAGCUGGCCAGUUUUGUAGAGGCUCAAAAAGGACUCAAGUACAACCAUACGAAAUUUAAAGAAUUCAAUAUCGAGGUUAGACCUGCCCAUGAGAAGAUGUGGACAGAUGCCAUGGAGGAAUCCGGCAAAUGCAUGCAAGGCAUGCGAUCUCACGCUUUCUCGGAGCCAAAGAAAAUCAACUUGGAUAGAAAUACGCAUGGAGAUUUUGCCAGGAAAAGAAGUGUUGAGGAACCGACUUCAUUAGGAUCUCCUAAACGCCACUGUCAAAACUCUCCUCCUCACACAGAACUUUACGUCGUAGUCAAUCAUCUUUCAACGAAUAUAACCAAGACUGAGAUCAAGAACAUUUUCAGCUGUCCUGAAAUCCCUAACAGUCGAAUUAAACAUUUAUUGAGCAAAUGGGGGGAAAGGACAAGCACUGCGUUCAUUACCUUCGAGCAUGCAGAAGAUUACGCCACCGCUCUGAACAUGAACGGGACCACCGUAGGUUUAAAGAACAUCGAAGUAUCGUCCAUUACUAGGGAGGAGAUGUUAGCUAUACUUGGCAGGAACAGAUUAAUCAAAAUCUGGAGACCACAGCCCUACGUUAAAGCUAAAGACAAUUUGAUGUGUAUAUACGCAAGGAACUUUCCUGCAAAUGCCAUGAAAAAAGAUGUGAUGGAUUUUUUCAUGGACUUUCAGGUCUGUGAGAAUAAGAUCAGACUGCUUAUGGACAGUCGGGGCAAUGGCAUUGGAGAGGCCAUAGUGGACCUUGGAUGCGAAAAAAUUGCCAGACAAGCUCAAAACGUCCUACACGGGAGGCAUUUCAUGGGAACCAAAAUUCUGCUCGCUCGUAUUUCUCGCCAACAGAUGAAGGAGAUACUUGGAACACUGUGAACAACUGGAGGAUGUGAGCACCUUGAAUAAAACAAUUGUGUACAGUUUUUGUAAACAAAGACUAUAUAUAUUCUAUAGAAUCACAAGAUUAAGGCUCUCUGGCUAUGCAACAAGCUCUGUGAGCUUUUCAAAAAGACUUGUCAUAAAUGUGCCGGAUAAGUUGUUUUGGCCUAUACAAUUAAAGAUGCUUAAACAAAAAUCAAAGCAGUGUGUUAAAAGAUUUUGAAAAUAUUGUCUUCUGGAGAAUUUUUUUUUCUACGACUGCCAAAGUUCACACUUCUUCGCUUUACACCUCUCAUUGGUUUAAAGUUAAUAAUGCACAGCAUGUUUGUUUGCUAAAACCUUUAAACCUAACUCCGUCAACACCAUUCACAUGUUGUUUUCUUCCAACUGUCCCUGCUGAAUAAACGGCUUCAUCUAAAAUUGGAUGUCAAAUAUCUUGUUCUGCACACUGUUUGUCUCAAUACAUCUUGCAUUCAUAGACCACCUUUUUAAUGAAAAGACUUUACUCACCAUGGUCAAGACGAUUGAAAAGUUGGGCUGUUCAAGAGAACCGAAGCAGAAACUAGGAGCAUGCAGCACUUUACAAAAGUUUGUAAAUAUCAUAAAAAUUGUGUAGGGAAACGGUUUUGUUUUCUGUCUCUUGGACAUGCCAAAGUCACUGGAUUCAAUCCCAUGGAAUGCAAAGUCUGAAUGCACUAUACAGGAUUUUGGAUUAAAGCAUUAGUCCGAUGCACGAACAAAGGAUUGUGGGAGAGAAUUCUGCGUGUGUACUACUAUGCCAGCUAACAAAAACAUUGACCUAUAUUUGGGUUAAAAAGUACAAAGAAAAUAGUAUUUUCUAAAAGUGCACACAUUUCAGUCUAUCUGAAAGUCGGCUUUUGAUGAAGAUAAACUGAAAAACACAGCAAAUUUAUCACAAGUGUGAUAAAAAAAUCCCAGGUCCAGCCAAGAUUGGAAGAAAAUGAUGCACCCCUA